AUGAAUUUGCUACCGCAUUUAUGCCUCACUCCAGAAAAUCGCAAGCUACAACAAACUCGUACUAAAAUGCAGCAAUUGGUAAUAGAAGAACAAGAAGUAUGCAGUCGGAGAUCAGUCGGCCUGUCUACUUGCCUUCCUCCAACUCCAUCACCUGCAAGAAGAUGGACACAAGAAGCCAAUAGUCACGAUUCACUUUUAGUACCAAAAGCAUCCACACAAGAUCAUCAAACUUACCAAGAACUACACACAAUGGGAACUAAUAAUUAA